AUGCCUCUUGUUGCGCCUAAGGCACUUAAUGGCCUCUACCUCUUUCGCGAGCCAUUAGCAGAGGGUUCUUUUGGCGUUCUAUACAUUGCCACACAUGCGAUUACACAUCAAAAAGUCGCAAUCAAAAUUUUGGAUAAGCGAAAACUUGGUGCGGAUGCCUAUCGUGUCCGAGGUGAAAUUGAUGCUUUGAAGCAACUGAACCACAAAUAUAUAUACAAGCUAUAUCAGGUUGUGGAGACGGAAAACUAUUUUUACCUCGUGGUUGAAUACCUUCCCGGUGGAGAGCUUUUCGAUUAUAUCCUACAAAAAGAGCGCUUAUCAGAAGAAGAGGCCCGAGUCAUCUUUCGGCAGAUCGUCUCGGCCAUCGGAUAUGCUCACAGCAAAGGAUUCGCACAUCGAGACCUAAAGCCUGAAAAUAUACUACUUGAUAAUGACCAAAAUGUGCGUCUCAUCGACUUCGGCUUGUGUGCCAAAAAUACAUUCAACGCUAUGUUAAGUACUUUCUGCGGUUCAUUUGCCUAUGCAGCGCCUGAGGUGUUGGCAAACAAGGAAUACUGCGGUAGUUCAGCAGACAUAUGGUCUUUAGGUGUCAUUCUGUAUGCCUUGCUAUGUGGCUGUCUGCCUUUUGAUCCCAGGAAGCCAGAAGAGCUCCCACAAAAAAUUGGGAAAGGACACUUUACCGUUCCUGAUGGCCUGACUAAAUCCAGCCGUCAGUUGCUGUCUCAGCUCAUGUGUGUGGAUCCGAAAAAACGCAUUAAAAUGGAAGAAUUACGGCGGCAUCCCUGGAUCGUUGAAGGAUUUAUGGGACAUCCGGUUGAUUUAAACGAGGAAAAAAUUCCCAUGACCCCGCUCAACAUGCGAAUAGUUUCGGAACUCAGUGAAUUCACUCGUAUUCCAAAGGUGGAGAUGGUGCGACUGUUGCAGCGCCGCUCCUACGACUAUUUGAUGGCCACCUAUAUGAUUAUGGAGACCGCACUUGAGGAGGAGAACGUGUUCAUCCAUCUGCAACCCGCUCGAAAGACGGACAAAUUGGGUUCUCGAUCUCAUUCUCGCCGUCCGUUCGCUCCACUCAGCGCUUCCACUUCUGUGCCUUUGACAUUAAGUCAACAUAAUCAUGCUGGUCAGGGUUCUGCCAGCGAAUCAUCUUCAUCCGUCGGAGUUUCCAUUGCAAAACACUCCGUUUCCGGUCAACAGCUAGUCAUCCGCAACGGAGUCAACCUCCCUGACGAUCAGCUUUCAUCACAGGACGAAAAUAUUCCACCUGUUUCACAAAACUCCACAGGGCGACUUGAGGGAAGUAACUCCAGUUCCCUGAAUAAACAUCCGGUUCAGAGUUUCCCCGAGGAUCAACCUGCUGCUCUCUCUCCCAGUAGGUCGGUGGAUUCUCAACUCGCACACCUGACGAACAACUUGCAACAAACGCGGCUUUCCGAUUUACUGUUCCCCGUUAGGUCGAAGGGUCCCAACCCUAAUUCUGGUUCAUCCAUGCCAGCUUCCUUGAGUCGGAACUAUUUAUCUGGUCUUUCGAGUGCAUCGAGCGCAUCCUCCAACAUUCCUAUGCAAUCCCUUUCUCUGACAAGUUCAUCUUCACGAUCCCAGCAGUGUCCCAACGACGAAGUGCCUUCGUCUGGUUCUAACGGACCAGCGUGGCGCCAGUUUGGACGUCUUCGGGAUGUCCUAACUCCGAAAAAACCUACACCCGUCCCUGAUGGCCGCCUGGUUUCGGACAAGUUGCGAAAGACUCGUCAUCUCAACAAUGUGUUUCUCGUUCGUGAAGGUCUCAGUCCUGGACAAGCGUUUGAUCAGAUAGCUGCCGCCUUGCAUCAACAAUCUAUCCGAUUUACUUUGAAAGGCUCCGGCUUCUUGUGCGUGUUCGCCAACGAUUGGGGUAGAACUGUCCUGUCGUUCGAAUUGGAGUUGGUUUACGUCUCCGCACGCGCAGUAGAGGCAGCGAACGCCGUACUGGUUAAACGUCGUGUGACGCUCAAACCUCGUCCAACAAUCCAGAAUUCCACUCCUGCUAGACCUGCCGCAAAAUCGGUUGACAAGGACAGCGCGCCUCCGUCCGUUGAUAGCACAGCACGCAAUCGACUCAAACUCUCGACUGGGACCCCAUUGACAAAUGUGGCGGACUGCACACCACGAAGUUCAUGUGCACGACAGCUUGGCAUUAAAAUGAAGCGUCUCCAUGGUGACUCUUUUAUGUACACAAGUCUUUGUCGGACCAUUUUGGAUCUCGCAGAUGUUAGGAUUAAGCAGUAA